CCGUUCGUCUGUCGACCCACACAUAGAGAGAGGAGAGAGAAAGAAGAGAGAGAGAGAGAGAGAGAGAGAGGAAAAGGCAUGGGGAAGAUGGUGGAGAAGAAGAGGAAGAAGAAGGGGAGGCCUUCGCUGUUGGAUCUCCAGAAGCGCAACCUCAAGCAGCAGCAGGAGGAGCAGCAGACCCAGAGGCACAAGCGGGACAAUUCGGCCCCGAGCUUGUCUCGCAGUCAUGAUCCCGCCGCCCCCCGCCGAUCUACGCGCCGGAACCCUAUCCCGGACGCCCCCUCCCCCGGAAAGACCGACGACGACGAGGAGGACGACGGGGAAUUCUCCGGCAAGCGCCGCGAGAAGAAGCUCAAGCUCGUCCUCAAGCUGCCCGCCGCGGGCCAGGAGGGGUCGCCGCCGGGUGCGGGUGCGACGGGGCCGGCGGAGUCGAGCGCGGAGGAGGAUGGUUCUCAGAGGAAGCGCAAGAUGAGAGAGAUCGGGGACGUGUCCGGGGCUGCUGAUGGUGAAAAGGGAGAGAAACCUCUUUCUGGGUCGAAAACCACGGCUAACCAUCAAGGGACUCAGAUGGAUUCGGGACCUUCAACUCCAUUGCCUGAUAAAAAGCUUCUGGUCUUUAUACUCGAGAGGCUUCAAAAGAAGGACACUUAUGGUGUGUUUUCCGAACCAGUGGACCCCAAGGAACUCCCUGACUACCAUGAAGUCAUAGAGCAUCCAAUGGAUUUUGGAACUGUGCGGAAGAAACUUGCCGGUGGAGCAUAUGCCAACUUGGAACAAUUCGAGAAAGAUGUUUUCUUGAUUUGUUCAAAUGCAAUGCAGUAUAAUGCCCCCGACACCAUCUACUUUCGACAGGCUCGUGCUAUACAAGAGCUGGCGAACAAGAAUUUUGAGAAUCUGAGGCAAGAUAGUGAUGACAAUGAACCUGAACAAAAGGUAGUGAGAAGAGGCAGACCACCAACAAAAAAUUUGAAGAGGCCAGUGGGAAGGCCACCCUUGGACCGUGCUGGUUCAGAAUUUUCUUCUGAUGCAACUCUUGCAACUGGAGGAGAGAACACUACGCCAUCAACGUAUGAUCUCAGAAAGGGACCAUCUUAUGCUGGUAAAUAUGGUCCGAUCAAUUUAUCGGGACGACUUCAUUAUGGCUCUCGCAAUAAUGAUAUUUAUGCAAGUCCAUUUCUGGAGAAGAGACAUGAUAGGAAUGAUGAGUAUGCAGGUCUCCUAUAUAAGGGCAGUUCAGCAAAGCAUGACAGGAAGCAAGCUAUAUCUACUGAGAACAGGCGCAAUACAUAUAGCCAGUUCCCUCCAUCUGCAUGUGGACAUGAGCCUUCCGUCCUGACUACAUUCAGCAAGGAGAGGAAGCAGCUAAUGGCUGUGGGGCUACACCCAGAUCACAGUUAUGCUAGAAGCCUAGCUCGUUUUGCUGCUAAUCUGGGACCAGUUGCUUGGAAAGUUGCUUCAAAGAGGAUAGAAAGGUCCUUGCCCGCUGGUGUAAAGUUUGGCCCCGGGUGGGUUGGUGAGAAUGACAUUUCACCACAGAGACGGGUACUUGGUCCUUUCUCUGCCCCCGCCAGUUUGUCUCCUAAAGCUGUUCAGUGUGGCACUGAAUUGAAGGUUAAUUUACUGGAGAAGCAGCAAAGAGCGAGUUUACCGGAGACUGCUGUACCCUCUACGGAAUCUGCAGAAGUUCAGUUAGACAAGGUGGAAAAUACUGAGGGGUUGAACUCUGCUUCUGAGCCGAAUGCCUUAAAAAGCGGGAGCAGCUUAAACGUACUGAGGCCUCCCUUUCAGAUUCCUCAAAGCUGCACGGGGCUAGGCAUUAAUGGGAUUAAUGGUGUGUCAAAGAUUAAUCUUGCAGCUCAUAUGGGGAAAUUGAUUGGAGUAGCUAGGGCCGAUGGAUUCAACUUCCAAUCCCCUCGUUUGCUGGACCCAAGCUCCAGGUCGGGUACGAAUUCCAUUGCUCCGGGAUCUGCGCAGAACUUAAAUGUGGAAGAUCCUAGGACCCCAGGAGAGACUGCAGGGCUUCAUCGCAGUCCUCCUUCAAAUGAAUCAUCACAACAUAAAACCAACUCGGAAUUGUUGCAGCAACAGAGACCGGGUUCUCUGCCUCCUGAUUUAAACUUUGGGUUCCAGUCCCCUAGCUCCCCUGCUUCCGGUAAGCCUGAGACGGAAAAGCCAGAUUUAGCAUUGCAGCUCUGAGAGUAUAGGGUUAGUGAAUUUGUUUCUACUUCUUUUUCCCUUUGAUUUAUUAACCUUAGGAAGAUGAAGUGGGGAUUCACAUGACCCCACAGGGCCAAUUAAGGGUCCUGCACGUGAAUCCAGGCCAGAGCUACAAUCUGAUCACCUGAUGUUGUAAAAGAGUAGGUCUUAUUCUUGUAUAGAUAGAGAGAUUCAUGGGCCCUCCUGAUCCUUUAGGUCCGCUAGCAAAACGGGGUCUGAAUUUGUAACACUAGAAGCCAUAAUUUACCCU